AAUCGGGAGGCGCGUGGCGCUGUAGACGCGGCAAGUGGGGAGGAGGCGAUGGUGGUGGAGGCGCGACUCGUACAGUCGUAGUAGUAGUAGUGGUGGAGGAGGAGGCGGUCCGACCCCGGAGCCUCCGCAUGCCGCCCUCUUAUAAAACACGACGAGCGGGAGAUUAAUGCUGGAGGCAGACAGGCAGGCAGGGCAGGGCAGGGCGGGCACGCAGAAGUACAAGAAGCGGACAACAGACGUCAACAAAACAACACAGAGAGACGGGGGUUUCACACUACCACCGUAAUUCCACUCCCCACCCCCCACCGACCACCGCCAACCAAGCCAUGGAGGAGAGUGACGAGGGCGGCGGAGGCGGCGGCGGCAGAGGCGGCGGCAGUAGCAGCAGCAGCGUGUACCAGGACUCGGGCGAGGAGGAGGCCCCGCCGGCCGUCUCUGCCCGGGUGUCGGGCAUGGCGGAGGGCGUCUACCGCGAGCUGGAGCGGCUCAUGGGCGAGCACGGCGAGGCGGUGCUGCGCGACCUCGUGCCGCUCGUGGUCGGCGUGCUCGAGGCCCUGGACGCGGCCGCCUCGCAGGGCCAAGAGCGCCAGGUGGAGCUCGAGCUGCUGCGGGAGGACAACGAGCAGCUGCUCACGCAGUACGAGCGGGAGCGCACGCUGCGCAGGCAGGCCGAGGAGAAGUACAUCGAGUAUGAAGAUGCCCUGGAGCAGGAUCGCAACACCCUCCUGGGGAAAGUUGAGACGCUGGAACUGCAGCUCAAGCAGUUGGAGAUCCGCUCCAAGUUCUACUUGGACCAGAUCUCACGGCUCGAGGAUCGGGAGGCGGAGCUGAAGAAGGAAUACUCCGCGCUGCGUCACAGAUACACAGAGAUCAUCCAGGCGUACACGGAGCACGUGGAGCGCAACAAGAUGUCCCAGCCCGCCGGACAGGUGGAUGGAGGCUCGGUCCGCAUGCGUCACAGGAGGGACAGGCCCAAGUCUCUGCGGCUCUUCCUGCUGCCGGGCCCGGAGCCAUCCCCGUCCGUGCCCGUGGCGUCUCCGCAGGAUGGCGCCGAUGUCGUCGUUGGGGAGCAGUGGCGCAGGCCGCCCCUCGUGUCCAACACCAGCCUCAAGGAUGAGCUUCUGGACACAAGCCCAGGCGACCCUGCUGCAGGGAGGGAGGAUGAAGCCGCUGCUGGGAGGGGGGGCAAUGCUGCUGCAGGAAGGGUAGGCGACUCAGCUGCGGGGGGUGCGGACAUCGCCACUGCAGGGACGGCGGGCAACUCUGCUGCUGCAGGGAGGGUGGGGGACGCUGGUGCAGGGAGGGAGGCCGACGCUGCAGGGAGGAUGGGUGACACUGCUGCAGGGAUUGCGGGCAACUCUGUUGCAUGGAGGGAGGGCGACACUGCUGCAGGGAGGAUGGGCGCUGAUCAGCCUUCAUCGCCCGAGGCCGGUGUAGCGGUCACCGCGGAGAUGACGGCCAACGUGGUGGGGGCCGGGAGCCACGACUCCGUUGAGGUUGCGCUGCAGAACAAUCUCAACAAGGAGGAGGAGCCACUGCCAGACAGCAAGCACUUAAACAUCGAGGCAGUGCACGCGCCUCCUGGCGACAAAGCCUCCGGCUGGGCCGGCGUGCAAGGCAUCAUCGAGACGACUCCAGAGCUCGGCUCGGCACCUUGCAACAAGGACGGCAGCAGGGGCCGCGACGCACAGCACGUGGGCAGCAGUUGCAGCACACCCAGCCGGGCCGACACGGAGACCGGGGUCAACGACAGCUCUCUGUAUGCAGAGCUUUCGUCAGCGGGGUCGGAGGUCAUCUGUGAAGUGGACGAGGGGGCCGACCUGCUGGGUCUCGGGGUGGAGGUUGAGAACCUAAUAAUGGAAAAUGCACAGCUCAUGGAAACAAAGAACGCGCUGAACGUGGUGAAGAACGACCUCAUCGCGCAGGUGGAGCAGCUGGGCAGCGAGCGUGAGUCCCUCCUCGGGGAGCUCUGCUCCCUCAAGGCCAGCAGGGCUCGGCUGGAGGGACGUCUCAAGGAGGCCGAGGAUGACCUGAAGAGGACCAAGCAGGAGCUGGAGCAGGUGAAACAAGCCAACAAAGACGACCUGGAUGAGAACGACAUGCCGAUGGCCCAGCGCAAGCGCUUCACGCGGGUGGAGAUGGCGCGCGUGCUCAUGGAGCGGAACCAGUACAAGGAGCGGCUCAUGGAGCUGCAGGAGGCCGUGCGUUGGACCGAGAUGAUCCGGGCCUCACGGGAGCAGCUGAACGCCCAAGAGAAGAGGACUCGGUCAUCCAUCUGGCAAUUCUUCAGCCGCCUGUUCGGGCCCUCCGGCACGGCAACGAGGAGAACGUCCCAGCCCAACCUGCGUUACAAUGCCCCGAGCAGUCACGUCACUCCUGGCGCGCCCCCCAAGAGCACGGCCAUCGCCCAGCUGCCCGGCGACAAGUCGCGAGCCUUCGACUUCCUCUACGACGACCUGUCCCCGUCACGGAGAGAGCAGAAGCGAGAGCAGUACCGCCAAGUGCGUGCUCAUGUCAAGCAGGAGGAUGGACGGCCCCAGGCUUAUGGCUGGAGCCUGCCCAAUAAGUACAGACAGAUUUCUAGAAUGGGUGGUGUUAAUGGUGGUGGUGUGCGACAGAAGAGCAGUGCAUCUCAGCUGGACGAGGAAAAGGUGAAGCAGCUCCCGGUGCCUGUGUAUUGCCGGCCUCUCCACGAGCAGGAGCCCACCAUGAAGCUGUGGUGCGCGGCGGGAGUGAACCUGUCGGGCGGCCGCACCCGCGACGGCGGCUCCAUCGUGGGCGCCAGCGUCUUCUACAGCCACGCGGCGGAGGCACCGAGCGGCGAGCUCGUUGAGAGCUCCCCGCCGGCCUCGCCGAGCAGCCUCGAGCUCCUGGACCAGGAGCUGCAGAAGCAUCAGAGGGAGCUGCGGCAGGUGGACGAGCUGUCGAGCCUCGUGUGGGUGUGCACAAGCACGUCCAGUGCGAGCCACGUGCUCGUCCGCGACGCCAACCAGCCCGACCGAAUCCUCGAGCAGUUCGCCGUGUGCAGCUCGCACAUCCUGUGCAUCGCGAGCGUGCCCGGCGCCCGAGAGACAGACUACCCCGCUGGGGAAGAGAUCCAGGUGGACGCGAGCCUGAGCCCGCGGGCUCCCUGCGGCGGCGGCGCCGCCGCCGCUAUCCCUAGCGCCACCGCCGGCGACGUCGCGGACGGGCCGGCGGCGCUGGGGGGCCUCGUGCUCGUCGACUGCACCACGACCUGCGCCGGCGGCGAACCAUCCGGCCGCCUCUCUUCAGGCGCCAGUAGUCCCACCCCGCAGCUCAGGCCAGCGGGAGGAAGCCACCCCCUUCUGGGGGAGAACGAGCAGGAGGAACCCUCGACGGAGGAGGCCACUGAGGCCCUCGAGAGCCCUGGGGAGGGAGGCCCGGAGGGAGGGGGCCGUGCGUCGAACGGGAAGCACUCCGCCGCUCCGGCCGCCUUCACCGAGCACGUCUUCACCGACCCCCUGCAUGAGAAGCCUCAGCUCGAGCCCAGGGACCCGGACGUGGUGCGGGAUGGCGUGUCCAUGCGGGCCGUCGACACGGACCUCAUGCACGAGGAGGCGGGGAAGAUGAGCAGCAUCCUUCCCACCAUGUGGCUGGGCGCGCAGAAUGGAUUCCUGUACGUGCACUCCUCCGUGGCUCAGUGGAGGAAGUGUCUGCACUCCAUCAAGCUCAAAGACUCCGUGCUGUGCAUCGUGCACAUCAAAGGCAGGGUCCUGGUCGCCCUGGCGGAUGGGACGAUGGCUAUUUUCCACCGAGCAGAAGACGGCCAGUGGGACCUGAGCAACUACCACCUGCUGGACCUUGGGCGGCCCCACUUCUCUAUCCGCUGCAUGGCGGUGGUGCAUGACACCGUGUGGUGUGGAUACCGCAACAAGAUCCACAUAAUCCAGCCCAAGACGUUGCGCAUCGAGAAAUCUUUUGACGCCCACCCGCGCAAGGAAAGCCAGGUGCGACAGCUGGCGUGGGUGGGCGACGGCGUGUGGGUGUCCAUCCGCCUGGACUCCACGCUGCGGCUGUACCACGCGCACACGCACCAGCACCUGCAAGACAUCGACAUUGAGCCCUACGUCAGCAAGAUGCUGGGCACCGGAUCGCUGGGGUUCUCCUUCAUCCGCAUCACGUCGCUGCUCAUUUCCUGCACCCGGCUGUGGGUGGGCACGGGCAACGGCGUCAUCAUCUCCAUCCCGCUCUCCGAGUCGUCUCGGCAGAAGGCAUUGGGCCUGGGUGGCCCGGCUUGGUGCGCCAGCCGCCUGGGGGGAGGAGGCAGCGGCGGGCCGGGCCUGGCGCGGCCCGGCGGGGUGGUGCGCGUCUACGGGGACGAGACGGGAGACAAGGUGACGCCCGCCACCUUCAUCCCCUACUGCUCGAUGGCCGACGCGCAGCUCUGCUUCCACGGCCACAGGGACGCCGUCAAGUUCUUCCUCGCCGUGCCAGGCUGCAACGCGGACGCCAGCGAGAUGCCGGCGCGGCCCACCGAGCCCCAAGGCGGUGUGCGGGGCAAGCCCAAGUACAUGCUGGUCGUGAGCGGCGGCGAGGGCUACAUCGACUUCCGCAUUGGCGAUGGAGAAGAAGCGGACGACGUGGCUCCGAUCAAACCGUCGCUGAUCAAGGAUCUGAGCCACGUGAUCAUCUGGCAAGUGCGGGACUGCCCGACCUGAGCGAGCUCCGGCAGCUGAUUUGGUUGCCUGUGGCCAACGAUGCCAUCUCGGAGGACGGCACCACUGGGACUCGCGCGGAUUGGACAUCUCUCUCUCCCGUGUGGCUGAGGGUCAGCCGGGCCGCAGCCACUUUUCAUCCUGAGACAAUGACAUCGAUUCGGCUCGAAGGAUCCGACUUUGCUCCGUACAUGCAAAACAAGCAAACAAAAAAACUUCGACGUUUUAUUUGACCGUUUAUUGCUUUGGGUUCAGGAGUAUUUUCCUCCCGUUACUUUCCCCGUGCAAGCAACACAGUUGCCCUGCUCGACGAACCGCCUCGCCUUGCUGUUGACGCCACCGAGAAUCCCUUCUGCAGCUUUGAUGCAGGUGAUGUGGUCUGAUUUCGUUGCACUGUCUCUGCCCCGGUAAUGUCUGCUCCAGUCCUGCCUUUCUUCGAAGCCGUUUGAUCAUUAUUGUAUUCCUGCGGUUGAGUACCUUUAAAAAAAAAGAUAUAUAUUUUUUUCCAGGCCAAUUGUUCUUUGUACUCUGUUGCCUUGUGUUUGUCAGAGUGUGGCACUUUUCAAAGCACCGGUCAAAAGCGCGUGGAACAGGAUCCUCCCACCCCUUUUGCAAUCCGUGAUGAAAAUCACCGUGAGCAGGGCUAAACCCCUCCAUCACCACCACCACCACCACACAUGCUUUCCACAGCCACGCUGUCCGUCGUUUUGCGUUGCGCUGCUAAAGCCGAGAAGAAGGGAUCAACGUUGCAAUGCAAGGCGCUAUCACGAUCGCUGUCCCACCAUCCCGCUGUCGCGUUCGUUGCAAGCGGCUGUUCCGCACCCGAGCGCGCUCAUCGAGAAGCCUCGAAUUUUCGCCUUUUCCCUUCAGUGAUGCGGUUUAGCCGAUCGGCAGGUCGCAGUGCGGUGUGAAGUGCGGAGCCCCCACCACCGCCCUUUCUACGGCGUACGUCUGACGUGGAAGGGGGGAGGCCAAAUCCUUCCUUUGAGUGGAGGGCCUUCUGCCAGCAGUGGCUUGGCCGAGAGAGAUUGGAGUGCCGCGCCUUUACCUGCUUUCCUUGUGAUGACGCUCGGCUUUUAGAAAUCCCUCACUUGCUCAUUGCUGCUGUUGCGUCAUCUGCAUUCGGUUUUCUUUCCAUUUGUUAUCGGAUGAUUUCCAUUUCACGCACUCCCUUUUUCUGCUCUUUUAUGUACGAGCUAUCGAUGCGUCGCGAUGCGUCUUGCCUCAGACUUCGCAGGCCGCAAUUGUGGAUGCAAUUUUUUAAAUCUGAACGUUGAAUUUCAACGACGCUCAUCAUCACGAUGGACAAUCGUCGUCCUUUGUUAUGCGUAGAGCACUUUAACUUGCAAAGCACUCCGUCAUAAAACUGAUGUAAAUAAAAAAUACACGGCAGAGGGAAGGCACGGGAGGCUUCCACUCAGAGGGACACUUAAGCACCCAGUGGGGAGGAGGAUGAGAGGAGGGGAGAGGCCAGAAACAAACUCUUGAGAGGGGACGGGGGACUUGGUGAGUGGAAGGAGAAGUCCGCAUAAUGAGGGUGCGGUGGGGAAUGUUGAGAGAUGGUCUGUGCGAGAGUUCGAUUGCUGAGAAGAGAGGAGGUGGGGUGGAGGGCAGAACCAUGGAGUUCCAUUGGCAAUUGAGGCUGACAAGGAGAUGGAGAGAGGGCAGAGUUGAUGGAGGAUGUGAAGGGGCGGGGGGGGGGGAUGCGAGGCGGAAGGGAAUUCGGUGGGAGAUGGGGUGGAGUUGAGGGUCGGGCAGGAGCGGAGUCGUGGAGAAUCUCGCACGCCUUUUGGUGUGUGCUCGUUUUAGAAGUGGAUGCGGCAUCGUAUGGGGUGGCCCCAUAAUGAGUGGCGGGGGUAGGGAACGGUGUGAGGGCGAAGUGGGCAACCGUCUUGUGCAUUCUUGAUUGCUGGAUGGAUCGCAGUGGCGCGAGCGUGGGAGUGCCGACGGGAAGAGAAUUGGAAUGACUUGAUUCUGGUCGAGGGAGCAGCUCUUUUACCCCACCCCCGCUUGGCCUUCAGCAAGUGAGGUGGGGGUGCUUCCUGGUUCUCGUUCCUCACUCGGAGUCUGCCUCCUGAGCGGCUGACGACCAGCGGCGGCGCUGUGUCCCGGCCUCGCCAGCGGCAGCUUGCGACGUGCGCCCUGCUGCGUCGCGUCGAACGUGUCGAACGUGUCUCGCGGGGAGGGUUUUCCGAGCGUGAUCUCUCGAUCUUCGCAUCCGAAUCCGGGUUAUAUUUCUGCCGGCUCGCUAAUCUCUUUCCUCCCUUUGGUGCCUUUCGAAGUGCUUCGGGCGCUCUUCACCAAAAUGUACCCUCGGCCUGCCCGACUUGCUGCAUAGAGACCUCCCCCCCCACCACCACCCCACCCCCUUCUCAGAUCGAGGGGAACUACAGUGGAAAUAUUCUCGCGGCGGCCGGCUCAUGCGACGCUGCUGCUGCUGCAGCAACCGCCACUCCGGCUGUGGAGGCAACUUCUCAUGAGCAACAGCUGUGACCGCUGCAGCCUACGCGUGGGAGUUGUGCGUUGUGGGAGAUGCGUGGCCCGUCAGAGGAAUGGGAAAUGCUCUCGUGACGUUCCUAAGAUAACGGCAUCCUCGUACAUGGGCGACGAGUGGCUUCGUCACUGUGAAAUCUGAUUAAAGUCACCGGUCAGCUGGUUUUGUCUCGUGGCUGGAUCGAGCUGCUGCAGCUGUGUAUAGGCGCUGCUAGGACUCGCAGAGAAUUGUGGGGUGGUGGGAGGUUUGCCAUGCUACGUGCGCUUCAGCCUAAAUAACCGUAACCACGUUGUGUAUUUUAAAGAUCUCCCAUUGCUUGCACUACAAUGCGAUUUCCAUUUUAGCCGCUGUGCGUUUUAUUUUUAAGACUCAAAAAAAAUCCCACCCUUCCCCCUUUGACCACGGCGCGAUUUACAUUUUCCCAUUGUCGCGAUCCGCUCGGAGCGUCGUCCGUGUCCAUCGCCGGCGUGGUGUGGCGUGUCAUCUCGUCGUGUCGCACUCGAAAGUAAAUCGCUUUCACCUUUCACGCUUUUUUAAUAUACACCCAGGCUGCAAAGCGAGUGUUCCCACUUUGUGUUGCCAUUAAUACACCCGGGUUAAAUUGUUUUUUUGCAAUUGCACAAUCGACGUUUUAUGGCAAUAAGAGUGUGUGUAUGCGUUUGCCUGCAAUUUCACCACCACCCCAAAGAGGAGGAGGAGGAGGGGGGGGGUUUAGGCGGUCUGUCGUGAGCCGGGAUUGGCGCUCUGUUUUAUGUUGAGGGUUUUUUGAGAAAAAGUGUGGCCUAGAAAGCAUUGUCGCAUCCUCGGAAUGAGAUGUCCUGCACGCUGUUCCACGCCAAUAACACGCGGGCUCGUUCCACGCCUCCCUGCACCGAGUAGAAGCACUCUGUUAAUACCCACGCACGUUUCGCGUCCGUUACUCAUUUAAGCGCGGUGUGCCCCUACGGCUUUUUAUAAGUGUGCUCUUCGUGCUGCCCCUCCAUCCAUUCCUGUGAACCCCCAAGGUAGUGGUCCUGCCGGAGCCUUGUCUUUCCGCGGCCGUGGAGCCACGCAAGUUUGCAAUUUGCUCGCCCCAAAGUAAGACGGCGGCGAACUUAACGUUGCCCGCUCCCCUCUCUUCCCGUGCCCAAGCUGGCAAGAGGUCGUCCCUGGAGGCCUGAGGAAGAUAAUGCCACGUCCCCAAGACCCUCGCCCCCCCCCCCCUUAUUCAUUGGCAACACCACCAGGCCUAUUGUCGUUGGCCUGGUUUGUGUGCGAGGCCCCUGGGGCGACUUGACCCCUUUGGCCCCCCACUCUGGGUGCCCCCCCCCCGAAGUCAUCUGUACGGCACGCGCGGCUUGGCGGUGAAAAGCGUGCGUCUCCGGGGGGUGCAGCCGGGCGCGGGGGGCGUGAUGAGUCGAUCGUUUGCGAGGGAGAAGUCUUGGAGGUGGAAGGUAGCCGGUCAGCUGCUGCCGUUCGGGAAGGGCGUUCCUUGGUUUGGGGGUGGGAGGGGGGCUGGCGGGGGGGGCGGCUGGAAAUUUGUGGUGGCGCUAAUGACGUCCGACUUCUCACCGCCCGUCGGUACGCGGCCAAAGAGAUUUGCCGCGGACGCAUUCGCCAACGGCCCGGCGGUCGAGGUGAACAUUUAAAAAAAAAGAAUCGUUUUCGUAAUAAAGUUGUCCGAACCAAGACGCGUGCGGCCGUGUGUUGUGGCAUUUGUGCUUUCAAUUUUUAGUUUUUGGCUCGGUGACGUUUUCACGUUCACAAGGUGGGUUAUUUUACUUUCACAUACACGACAUACUUUCUGUCAUGUAUUGGCACAGUUGGGUUGUAAGUGAGAAAACAGCAUUUUAAACGUGCGCUUUCGCAAAACUUAAACCAGUUAAAACGCAACUCGAAUGUAGCGUAAGUUGGCUCCGUGUAAUUUGUAACGUGGCAGAGUUAGCCAUAACCAUGCGCCCAUUUAUACCCUCAAUUUUCUACGUCUCCCUCAACAAAAGGUCGAAUACUUUUACGAUGAUAUAUUUUUUGUUUUUGUAAUGGAGAGCUGAAUAAAUGAGAAACUCUACUCGUCUCGUCA